AUGAUUUCCAUCAAAACCCUUACUUCACUUUUUGUCGUAUUGCUGCUUUUUAGUAGCAUCCCUGUGCAAUGUAUCGAUACUAAGAAAAUGCUUGACUUAUGCAAUAAAGAGCGUGCCAAGGUCGGUGCUCCAGCUCUUAGUCAUAAUGA